CUCUAAUUAACUGGGAACAAGAACACAUUGUGGAGGAAACGUGUGUCAGUUCAUGUGACGCCGGUCGCUUCCAGACGGACUCAACACAAACACAGACACAAUGUUUCCUGCAGAUCUUUCACUCAGGUGUAUUCCGCACACCUGAUCUCCCAUGAUGCCUCGGGUGUCGUUCGCCGUCCCCUCGCCCUCCCUCCCCUCCCUCCCCGCCACCGUCCGGGACGUGGACGUCCCCCCUCUGUUCCGGGAGCGCUUCAUCCUGUCUGGGUACCGUCCCGUGGGAUUGUCGUGGCGCUGCUACGCCCUCAGCGUCUUCCAGAUCCACAACGAGACGCUGAACGUGUGGAGCCACCUGCUGGCCGCUGCCUGCAUGACGCUGAGGUUCACGGCCUUCGCCGUCCUCGGGGGAGGGGGGGUCCUGGGUUUCCGGCUGCUGGGUCCUGAAGGUCCGGGCUUUUCUUUGGACGUGUCCUCGCUGCCUCUGGUCCUCUACGUCCUCUCGGCCGUCACCUACCUCAGCUGCAGCGCUGCAGCUCACCUGUUUCAGUCUCACUCGGAGGAGGCGCAUUACUCCCUCUUCUUCCUGGACUAUGUGGGCGUGGCCGUCUACCAAUAUGGCGCCGCUCUGGCUCUGGGUCUUUACAGCUCUGACUCCACCUGGACGCAAAGCAUUGUGGGACAGGUUCAGGUCUUCCUCCCGGCCGCCGCCUUCCUCGCCUGGUUGUCCUGCGCCACCUGCUGCUACGCUAAGCUUCACUUCCGCCGGACGUUCCCACUCCACAGGAAGCUGUGCCAGCUGGUCCCCAUGGCGGUGGCCUACCUGCUGGACAUCAGCCCCGUGGCCCACCGCCUCGCCACCCACCGCUGGAGCAGCAGCCCUGCACUGACACUGCACUUCCUGCAGGUGGCGCUGUUUCUACUGUCGGCCUUCUUCUUCUCUUGUCCCAUACCUGAGCGUUUCUUCCCCGGCCGCUUCGACAUCGUCGGCCAUGGCCAUCAGAUCUUCCACUUCCUGCUGUCGCUCUGCACGUUGGUCCAGCAGGAGGCGCUGUUCCACGACUUCCUGUGGCGGCGGCCGGCCCUGCUCAGGACGUUCACGGAGGAGCGCCUCCUGCUGGCCUGCACCUCCUUCCCCUUCCUGACGCUCUGCUGCGUCGUCACGGCGCUUGCCAUGAGGAGGCGGGCGCGCCAACAACUGACGAAAGAACAAACAUAGAAGAAGAAGAAGUUAGUUUUUCACCUCAGGGCGAAACUGAGACAUAGUUCUGGAUAUUUAGAUUCUUUAAAUCAGAAAAUAUCAACUUUAAUCUGCGUUUGUAUUUUUCUAUUGUUCAAAGAUAAUAAAACCUUUUUCCACAUUU